AUGGUUAACACUCGUACUAACAGUCGACGUGAGAGAGCAGCUCCAAGCAAUGGCCAAACUGAUCAGAAUGGGGCUAGAAAUGGUGUUGAUCAAAGGCCCCCUCGAAGGCCAGUCCCGGGUGUACAACUCACUAGGUCAGAAAUUGAUCGGGCAAACCCAUUGAUCGAGCAGAUUCCUACCCGAGCUGAAAUGAAUGAAGAAUUGAGGGUCAUUCGAGCUCUUUUGUUGAGAAAUGAAGAAGAGUUGGCUCAAAUGAGAGCUGAAAAGGAAGCUAGCUUGCAUCGGGAUGAGCGUACUGAUGGAAACUAUUCCAACCGCUCAAACCGUGUUGAGCCAUCUGUUGUAAAGUCGUUGGUUGCUCCUGAAAAUGUUAUUGCUGAGCCGAAUGGUGGAGUGAAUGUAAUGGAGCCUCAAGUUGUGGUUGCUCCUCAUGUUAAUAAUUUUAAAUAUGAGAGCUUUAAGAAGUGUGGUGGUAAGGAGUUUGAUGGUACACUUGAUGCAGUGGGUGCUAUGGAAUGGCUUGCUGAUACUGAGGUGGUUUUUGCUUCAUGCUAUUGUCCAGAUAAUAUGAAAGUGUUAUGUGCUACUCGUAUGUUGACAAAGAAUGUUCGCAUCUGGUGGAGAUCGGCUAUUGUUUCAUUGAAUCCCGAGGUACUUGCUGCUAUGCGUUGGGGUACAUACAAGGAAAAGUUCAUGGAAGAAUAUGUGGGCACUCGUGAGAUGAGGUUGAUUGAGAAAGAAUUCAGAGCUUUGACCGCUAAGCCAGGUGCCAUAGGUGAGUAUGCCCGUUCAUUUACAGAAAAGCUUCAGUUUGUAGGUCGUAUGGUACCUAGAGAGAUUGAUCAGAUCAAAGCUUACUGUGAUGGCCUUCCUGCUAGCUAUCGUGGACUUUGUAGGCAACAUACUACGUUGUCUGCUGCUAUUAAGGAAUCUAAGAGAUUGGAUGAUGAUUUCAAGUCUGAAAAAGUGGUUGAUAAAGCUGAUGAUAAGAAGUCCGGAUUCAAGAGAAGGUUCAAUGGGUCUUCGAAUACUAAUAAGAAGUUUAAAAGUGGGUCUUCCUCGAAUAGAGAUAAGGAUAAGAAGAAGAAUAGUACAUGGUGUUCAACAUGUAAGUCAUAUCAUGAUGGUCCAUGUUCCGAAAAGACCAAGAGAUGUGAUAAGUGUGGUAACACAGGUCAUGCCACAGCUGUUUGCAAGGACAAGACUCGUUGCUGUAAGUGUAAAGAAACAGGUCAUUUAAUUGCUGAUUGUCCACAGAUGAAGAAUGAUGGUAAGAAUGUAGCUGCUCCAAAACCAAAAGUUCGUGCUCUUCAGAUGACAGUUGAAGCUACUAAGGACAACGAUGAGGUAGUAAGCGGUAUCUUUCUUGUUAAUUCAAAACCUGCUUCUGUUCUUUUUGAUUCGGGUGCAAAUAGGUCUUUUGUGUCUACACUGAUUGCUCCUAAGCUUGAAAGAGUUACUACUCCCCUUGAUUGUUCUAUAGAAGUAGAGGUUACUAACGGUACUAUUAGUGAUAUAUGUGAGGGUUACGAUGAUUGUUCUAUUGAAAUUGAAGGUCGUUCCUUUUUGGUUCAUUUAUUGCCUACUACUUUUGCUGGCUUUGAUAUAGUGAUAGGCAUGGACUGGUUGUAUCAAAAUGAUGCUACCAUUAUAUGUUCUCAAAAGAUCGUGCGUUUCUCUACUCUGGAUGGUAAAGUCAUUUCUGUUCAGAAGAAAGGGAGUAUAAAGAUCAUUAAUUUGAUGAAGGCUCUCAAUUGCAUUCUACAUGAUAAGAGUCACUACCUUGCCUAUGUUAUUGAUGCACGAAAGGAGAAGUCCCCUAUUCCUAAUGUUGAUGUAGUUUCUGAAUUUUCUGAUGUCUUUCCAGAUGAUCUUCCCGGUAUUCCUCCCGACCGAGAGGUCACUUUUCAGAUUGAUCUCGUACCCGGUGCUACUCCUGUUGCAAAAGCACCAUAUCGUUUAGCUCCUACGGAAAUGAAAGAGUUAAUGUCACAACUUCAAGAGCUACUUGACAAAGAUCGAUUUACGGUCUGGUUAUCAUCAAUUAAAAGUAAAAAGGAAGAUGUGGCCAAAAUAGCUUUUCGUACACGAUAUGGGCACUAUGAGUUUCUUGUUAUGCUAUUUGGGUUGACAAAUGCUCCUGCCGCUUUUAUGGAUUUAAUGAAUCGGGUGUGCCGCCCAUUCUUAGAUCAUUUUGUGAUUGUUUUUAUUGAUGAUAUCUUGAUUUUUUCUAAGUCAAAAGAAGAGCAUCGUGAGCACUUAAGAGCCGUUCUUGAGGUUCUUAGGGAGAAGAAGUUAUAUGCUAAAUUCUCAAAGUGCGAAUUUUGGCUUCGAGAAGUUCAAUUUCCCAGGCAUGUCAUCUCAUCUGAAGGUACUAAAGUUGAUCCCGCAAAGAUUGAAGCUGUCUCUAAAUGGGAACAUCCAAAGACACCUACGGAAAUCAAGAGUUUCCUUGGUUUAGCAGGCUAUUACCGAAGGUUCAUUUAA